UUAUUACUAUCGUAUUCGUGAUGAUGCGAGAACUAACGAACGAAGAAAAGUUUUCCGAAUGAAAUCUGUCAGGACGAACUUUCUAACGAAAUCUUAAGCGAUUUAAUAUAUAUUUAAUUCUUCUUUUUACAAAAACAGAAGUAUGAAUCGUGCUACCGAUGAAAGUGAGAAAAAUAUUAAUAUGAAGGAGAUAAAAUUGCCUUCGAUACGACCACCUGGGCCGAUUAAAAUUUGGAAGACGAUAGAUGUAUUCAAAACUAUUGAUGGUGAAUCGAAACCCGUGAAGAUCGUUUUACAAGAAAUACCAGAGGAUAGAUACGAGGAUAUUCUUGAUUAUAUGGUUACGUAUUUCGUCAUAGAUGAGCCUUGCUGUGUCAGUCUCAAUUUAAAGGAAGACCCAGUGGCUGUACAAGAAUUACGAAAUAUAUGGACAAUUAUUUUAAACCAAGGAUUGUCAGUCGGUGCUUUUCUCGUGGAUCCAAAGGGAGGUAAACCCGAAAUAGUAGGAACAAACAUAAUAGGCUAUGAGAUUAAAGACGACAAUAGAAAACUCGAUAAUUAUAAGAUUCAAGAAUGUUUAGCUAAGGAUUUAAUUGAUCCUGUAAUGAAAUUGUGCAAAGAUGCAAAGAUUUACGAGCAUUAUAACACGGACAGAUACAUGUUUGCUUUUGGCUUGAGCGUUCAUCCUUCUUAUCGUGGCCAUAAACUUGGUGCGCAGAUUUUAAGUGUAAGGGAACAAAUUGGCCGAGAGUAUAAUAUCGGCGUGACGGCGACAAUAUUUAGUUCGACGAUUUCUCAAAAAUCAGCUGCUCGUUGUGGAUUCGAAGUUCUUUUAGCUAAAGAUUACGAUCAGAUAUUAAACGAGGAAGGAAAGGAAAUCUUUCCUGGUAUUAAAUUUAAGACAUUCAAAGUGAUGGGAAGAAGAUUGUAUUGAAAUAUCCUCGUCUGUUUUUUCUCACUUCUUUGAUAUUAAAAAGCACCGUAAACGUCUAGAUGUCAAGAGAAAUCAUUAGCAAUUCGAUCGCUAAGCGUAUGAAAUGAAAUCGAGGAGAGGGAAAAAAAAAGAAGAAAUGAAAGAGGGAAAAAUAGAAGUAAUUAAAAUUGAUUAGCGUAAUGCUGUACGACGUGUUGCGAAAUCAAAUGCCUAUCUUCGUGUUUUGCAUCUGAAAUUUUAAUUAUUUAUAACAGCCCUUCUGCCAGACCGUUAUUUAUUGCCUCGCAGAACCUCGCAAAUACGGGUGAACGUGUUUCCGUUCGAACGAUCAGCUUUUGCAUCCGAAUGCACUUCGGUAAAUUAUUGCACGUUUGAAUGUUAACGAAAAAAUACGGGAGAUCUUUUGAGUACUCCGAUAAAUAGUAUUUAGUAAUUUUCACCACUCGAUUUCAUUUGAAAGUCAAAUUUUUCCAAUAAUUAAAAGACGAUAUAUAUGUUAGAUAUAUAUGUUAGAAGGCAAUCGAAUAAUAAUAUUGCAUAAACAUAAAUUGUUAGGUAUUUCGUAUAAAAUGUUAAUCAAAUUAAGGAUGUCUCAUGCGAAAAACUUAUGUAAAAAUAAUGUUUUUUCUACGAUGGCAUUGCGAAGAAAAGUUGUAACAAUUUCAGGAUACACUUUGAUAGUUGCUAGAAGGAG